UCGUUUUUAUAAAACAAAACUGAGAGAAAACAAAGUAUUUCAAGAAUAUCCGACUUAGCGUCUAUCUUGUAUCCUACUGUGUCCUGAAUUUUAAGUGUGAUCCAGAGAGGGUACUCAACUUUGAUAAUCAGCAUUGGGUGCGCAGCUUGGUUUCGGAAUCUGCCGUAAAGAAUCCAGGCCCCUCAUGUUGCAAGAAUUCCCAGGCGCUGUGCUCAUGGAGGACAGAGUGGUCUUUACAGGAAGGACUAGAAUAAAAAACUUCGUUCAGGUAUUUGCAUAUCUAGCAUUUUCUUCACUUCCGCCUGCGGCUCGCUUGUGAUCUGCGGCGUCACCAGACAGACACGUGGGGGCGCCCCGGCCUCAGAAGCGGCGCGCGGCUCCGACGCCGGUUCAGCUUCUCACUUGUCCGCAGGGACACCUGAGCUCUGGCUUCGCGUUUUUUCCGCUAAACCAACAGAGGGAGAUCAACAAGCCGGGCCUGGCUCUCCUUCAUAGCCAUUUAGGUCGGAGUUUCCCCCAACAGGCUGUAACAGGCGUUAAAGCUCGGCGUUUUGUUUUGUUUUUCCUAGGGGGCAAAGUUUUGUUUUGAUGCUGAGCAACCCAACCCAUGCUAAGCACUGCGCUGCACCAGUUUACUAGAGGCCCACAAUCUAUCCUGCCGGAGCAAAGGAAAGGCCAGAAAGCAAACAACUCGGCCAGGCCAGCGAUGGAGCCGCAGGCGGACGACUCGCCAGACUCCUGCUCCGCGGACUGUGGAGGGGCGGGCGGGCCGCCGCUGGGAGCCGGCGCCGGGGAGCCGCGCAGCGAGGGCCGCCUAGCGCUGCUGCUCAGGCUGAGAGCACAGAUAAAGCAACAACUCUUAGAAUAUAAAUCGAUGAUUGAUGCAAAUGAAGAACAAACUCCAGAUCAAAUCAUACAAGAAAAACAAAUGGAAGCUAAAGUUAAAGACCUGGAAAAUGAAAUUGAAGAGGUGAAAAUUGCAUUUGAUAUGAAAAGUCUUGCAUUGAGCAGGAUGCAACUUUCAGCCGCACUUAAAAACGACCUGGAAAAAAUUAACACCGAGAGCAGUGUGCUCAUGAAUACCAUGAAAGAAAUAUUGAAGCUAAAUAAAUCAGUAAUGAAAUUACAACAGGAAUCUUGGGAAUUAGAAGAAAAACUACUUGAUAUUAGAAAGAAGAGAUUGCAAUUAAAACAUGCUUCAGAAAAUAAGCUUUUAGAAAUACAAACUGAGAAGAAGAAACGGAAAGAGGAGCUGAACAGUAUGGGAAAUUCAGACAAGAUAAAGACCAUGCAACAAAUCCUACAAACAGAGAUGGAGAUUGCUACAGUUAUUCAACACGUGUUCCAGAACAUCAUUUUGGGGAGUAAAGUUAACUGGGCAGCAGAUCCAGCACUCAAGGAAACUGUUCUGCAGCUUGAAAAGGAUCUCACCACAAUCUAACAAGAAUUCCACUGGGCCAGGUGUUGCCAUGUGUGCCUUUGAUCUGAGCACUCAGGAGGCUGAAACAAGAGGAUUGCCACAUGCUGAAGACCAGCAAUGAUUUGCACCUUGCAGUUUUUGGAUAUUUUUCUCUGAUAUGUCAUUUAAAUAGCAAGUUUCAAGUGAAAUGAAUUUGCAAUGUUUGGGGAACUCUCCUAAUCUGUGAUUGCUUUUUAGCUUCAGUUAACACUCUAACAUAGAAUCGGUCAUUUUAAAUAACACUAAAGUGACUGUGUACUCUUAAGAGGGGAAUGUCUUAGUCAUAGAAAAGACACCUGGUCUGAUAUCUGAGGAGUAGGCGCAGUUUUGGACAUUCACAAGGUCCCAGCAUUUGAUUGUAAUACUUGUGUGCAUUUCUGCGUUUGUCAGUCAGGAUGCAGAGAAGUCUCCAGAGUGUCAGCAGCUGGUAUAAUUUGUAGUGGGGUUAUGAGUAACUGUCUUCUGUUCUCUCUGUGUCUCUUUCUCCCCUCACACAUACUUCUGAGCACACACAUACAUAAUGCUGGCUACACUCUGGCAAUGCUGAUGUACAGUGACAUCCAUGCCCAUUUUCAGUUCUGUUUGGAGACAAGGUCUUGCCAACUUACCAAGGCUGGCUUCAGACUUGGAACCCUCCUUAACAACUGGGAUUACAAGCAUGUACUGCCAUGUCCAGUACAGCUCUUUAUUAAUUAGGAGCUAUUGAUCAUAUUUAUGGACAGUGUGAUGUUUUCAGUAUUCUUAUUGGAAUAAAGUGAAACUUGAAAAGAUGCGCUCAUUGGAUAAUAGCUCGUGAAAUCUGUUCUUUGGAUUAAUAACAAAUAGAGAUUUCCCUAAGCUGAAAUAGUAGGCUUUUCUUUGAAAUAUUAUACCUUAUUUUCUUUGAUCAGUCGUAAUGUAUGCAUAGUUUUAUUCUUUUUGUCAGUUAUUGUUUUGAGGUAGAGUCUCACUGUGUCCUUCAGGGCAUUCUUGAACUCACUGUGUAGCCCAGGCUGUCCUAGAACUUCCUGCAGUCCUCCUGCCUCAGCCUCCUGAGUAGUAAGGUUACAGCCAUGCACCACCACACCUGACCUGUUGUUGUCUUUAUCAGUUGUUAUAAAGUAAGUUACAUUUUGCGUGCAAAUUAUUAUUUUGGAAAAUGAUUUUCGGUUCCAGUAAUCCACACAGGAACUGUUUGUUUGUUGUAGUACUGGGCAUUGAACCCAGGGCCAUUGUGCUGAGCUCUCUGAGCCCUUUUUUUUUUUUUUUUUUUUUAAUUUCUUAUUUUAAGAUAGGAUCUCAUCAAGUUGCUGAGUUGCCCAGGCUGGGCUGAAACUUGAUCCUCCUGCCUCAGCCCCCUAGAAAACUGGCAUUCUAGCAAUGCACUACCACAGUCACUUGACACUGUAUUAGUAAAUUUCAACCUGUGGACCACCUGAAAAAGUGUAUCUUCAUAUACUAAAACAGGUAUAUGUUUAUCUGGGACCUUAGUGGUCUUUGACUUACCUGUUACCCAGCUCUGAGAGAGGAAGUGUGUAGGCUUUGCCUGAACUGUUGCUGAAUACGGAACUCACAGCUCACUGUUUUAGGACAUUUACUUCUGUGUGGGUUUGGGGUUCAGCCGCCCACUCUAGGACUCCAUUUGAGGGAGCAGCCACUCAGCAGAAGGCAGGGGCUCCUUAGAUCAAGUCAAAUGCAUUCCACAAGCAGAAUGUAAUCGUCUGCUUGGGAAAGGCAGCCAUGGCCCUAACCCCACAUCACAGAGGCCUUGGGUUUUCUCCCAGCAAACGAAUGCUGCAUUUCAGAGUCAAGAAAAGGAAAUGGGAAUUUACUACAAAUGACGUGAUCUACCUUAGUCAGCUUUGCUCCAUGAAAUAGACACCCAAGAAUAGGGAGGUGCCGGCAGUCCUAGUGACUUGGGAGGCUGGGGCAGAAGACUUCAGCUAUCAAGAUCAAAUCCAGCCUGGGAUAUACUUGAGACCUAAUGUCUGGCUUAUAACCACAUCCACAAAGACACUCCUCUCCAGGAAGUAAGCCAACAGCUCAGCCUCUCCUGGUGUUAUUUCAAGCUUCAAGAGCUCUCUCUCUCUGUCUCUCUAGCUCUGUCUCUUUCUCUGUCUCUGUCUCCCUCUGUCUCUGUCACUUACUCUGUCUGUCUGUCUGUCUCUCUCUCUCUCUGUCUCUCUCUGUUGCUCUCACUCUUGCUCUUUGUCUCUCUCUCUCCCUCCCUAAUCCUGUUGCAGGGGGUCUCCAGCCUGGGCAACUCUAUGUAACUGGCCUAGAACUCACAGGGAUCCUCAUGCCUCCGCCUCCCAAGUGCUGGAGUUACAGGUGUGCUUCACCACACUCAGAUUGUCUGUUCUUCAGUUGUUCUUCUCAUCAGUAUCAGGUACUGACAACCUGGCUCACAGGCUGUUUUAGUAUAUGAAGUUUUACCACCACAAGGCCAUGCCACUAUGUUCACAUGUUAACUGUGCUUGCUUUCUUGCCAUGAUAAAAUAGUGUAAUCGAAUGAAGUAGCUUAAUAGUGACCCUGAGGCGGCUGCACUGCGCUUUUCCAUAGGAUGAGGUGUUGUGAAAGACAGGUUACCGAGCCCCGUGGGAGCUGGCUUCUGUUUGAGGGAUGGCAAAGAAAUACCAGCAUGGCCCUCUCUCAAGGGCUCAGGGGCUUUGCAUGGGAUUUGAAGAGAGGAUUGUCGCUACCUUGAGUCAGGGUGGCUUUGUGAACUGUGACUGUCAUGCUGUUGGGCCCACGUGUGUUUAUCUGCUCCUCUUACUGUCAUAAGGACCCGUGGACCUUGGUGGUACCAUGGGGUGGCAGUUCUGCCUCCCUCACUUUUGCCUUGACAAGGGCCCAGGCAUCCUGGGGAUGGACCUAGUAAUCCUCAGGUUUUCCCUCACAAUGAAUUGAAAAAUCUAGUUGUGCUGCAGAAUGUUUAUUCUGAAUUACCUGAAUUCUUCUUAAUUGUUUAUGCGAUUCAUUUUACUACUGAAUUACUGCACCCUACAUGUUAGAUCCAAGUAUUUCAUUAAAAUAUUUUUUAUCAAGAAA